AUGUUCUACGGCAGCCCUGUUCCGAAACACAAUGUUACCGAGAGGGAUAUUACAACGCCAGAGAUGUCCUACGGCUGCCAGAAAGUCAUCUGCGAAACCUUCAUUAACGAUUACACUCGCCGUGGAAUGAUCAAUGGAUUCUCACUCCGCUUCCCGACCAUUUCAAUUCGACCUGGCACGCCCAGCAAGGCCAUCUCUGCUUUCUUGUCAGGCAUUAUCCGAGAACCCAUGAACGGACAGGAGUGUAUUGUCCCAUUAAAGGAUCGUGCGUGGCGGCACUGGAUGUCUUCUCCAAAGACCUUAGUGCACAACAUUCUUGUCGCACUUACCAUCCCUCAAGAUGCUCUUCCGCCACAUAGAAGGGUUCUCAAUAUGCCAGGAUUUGCAGUUACGAUCCAAGAUAUGUUAUACGCUCUGGAGGAAGUUGGAGGAAAGGAUAAAUUAAUUUUUGUGCGAGAGGAGGAAGUUCCGUCCUUGAAAUCUACCUUGUACUCUUGGGCCGACGAUUUCGACAACUCUCUCGCGCUGUCACUGGCGAUGAAACAAGACACAUCUUUUGUCAAUUCUGUGAGGGAUUAUGUGAGAACCCUGGCAGAGGACAAGCAGUAUCAGUGA